CCAGAUUUGAUUCUUUCACUGGAAGUGAAUCAUAUUACGACAUCAAGGAUUGGAUGUAAACUGAAGGACACUUGUUGCCAGUACGGAGUACAAACGAUUGGAUUAUACAUACAUUCGAGGAUCUUGUGUCACAGAUAUAUAUACAAUCACACCUUCCAAUAAAUCUACUUUGCAUAGAAUUCUUAGUGUCAUGACAUCAACAACACCAUAAAUAAUGCCUUGCAGUAUCAGACAGUGUCAGUUCACCAAGUUAUAGUACCUAUCCGCAUUCAUCAGUUCAGCCAUCACUCAUCACCUCAUGAUCCGAGCAAUUGGUUCUCCCCGCCCUCGUUACGUCAUGUACUUGCAACCAUCCUUUCCGGGUUCGCAUAUGAGCACAUGGAAAUUUGAUUGACAAAGAAGAGGGGCACUACCAAGUAAUCUUGACUUGCAAGGGAAUCUUCUAACCUACCUACCUACCUAUGAGGUAUGAGGUAGUUCCGAGGUAACCACCUUACCUAAGGUAGAAAAGAGCUUGCUUUCCUUUCCCUCAUGAUAAAUACCCGACCAUCAUCUCCUCAUCCGUCUUUGCAUCUUGUCACUCCAUACUCAACCCUCCCUACAAACCACAUCACAACAGCACACACUUUCGCGCAGAUCAACUACAAACCAUUCAAAAUGUCCAAGUCUCGCACUCCUCUCAUCAUCGGCGGCGCUGCCGUCUCUGGUAUCGGAUACUACCUCUACGCCGCUGGUGGCAACCCACGAGCUGCUGAGAAGAAGGCCGAGAGUGACGCCCAUAGCGCUGCUGCCAACAUCAAGAGCCACCUUCCCGGCCGUUCCCCUAACGCUGAGGGUGAGCUGAAGGGAGCUGGUGCUGCUGCCGGUGCCAAGAUUGACAGUGUUGCUGCCGAAGCCGACCGUACGGCUGGUGUCAUCAAGAGCAAUGUCGAGUCUGUUGCCAAGGACGCAAAGGCCGAGGCCAUGAGAGUAGUCGACAAGUUCGACCACCGUGUCGAGGCGGAAGCCGCAAAGGCCAAGGGCGGUAUCUCGAGCUGGUUCGGUGGCAGCAAAUAAGCGUAUCUUCGACAAUCAAGAACCAAGAUGAAGCAACUGUAUUACUUAUUUAAUCAAAGUCGGAGCCUGGGGUUUCACUUUUUGGGAUUGAGCGGGCGAAUGGUCAUGGCCCAGCAGCAUGACACUGGCCUUGAGAUAGCUCUGGGUCUCUGCAUGCAAUGUAAUUCGAUAGUAUAAGAGCAAUGAAUCACGGUCAACGAGAAGAACACGUACAUAUUUUGGUGACAUGCGGUGUUCAAAGACUAUCCACCGCUACGAAUGUUGUCUAAGCUCAUUAGUUCCCCAUAACCGAAUCCAGAACUCCAAUCCAUUUAUCAACAUCAUCCCUGAUAGUUACCAGUUGCCAGUCUCUAAUAUCGGACGACCCUAUUGCUCCAAUUCCUCAGCCACCAACUUAAGUAUCUCCUCACAACUCUUUCUCGCAUUUGUGGGCUUCUUAGCAAUCGCCUGCCACACUUCGCCGUGUCGAGGUUCAUUCAGCACGCACUUCGUCACCACAUCUGCCCGCUUCUCCUCCGUACCAUGUUGACAUAAGAACCGGUAGUACCAAGCCCAAGAAUCGCC